AUCUAAAGCUACCUAUCCCAACUCUUCAGAAAUAACACCACCUACAGUUUGUACCAAGCAAAAUUUAGACCCAAGAAAUGGCUUCUGCUUCAAUGGCCAUGCCACUAAUGUCUGCCACCCAAAACAGUUUAACCCAAAACACAGAAGCACUUUUCAGAUCAAUCCCAUUGAAGCCAUCAAAGAAAGCUGGUUUUGUGAACCCAAAGCCCAAGGGCAUGUUCAAGGUGGAGGCCUCUUUGAAAGAAAAGGCGGCGACAGGCCUAGCAGCGGCGGCAUUGACAGCCUCCAUGGUGAUUCCUGAGGUGGCUGAGGCUGCGGGGUCUUCCGGGCUUACGCCGUCUUUGAACAACUUCUUGCUCAGCAUUGCUGCUGGUGGAGUUGUGCUUGUAGCGAUCAUUGGUGCUGUUGUUGGGGUUUCCAACUUUGACCCAGUUAAGAGAGCCUAAGAAAUUGAAGACCGAAACUUUUUCAUGAAUUAAAUUUUUAUGUCUAUUUCCUGUUAUUCAUAAACUGUUCUUGGUUAAUUCUGCGUACUGUGCAACUCUGGAUGAUUAUAUGAAAUGUGUUUUUCUUUCAAGUGAA